CGAAACAAAGCAACUACAAACAAUUAUUUCGCUCUUGCAUUGUUGCAAAUAUGGACGUUUAGUCCAGUUAUUCUGAUUCAGAAAAAUAUUUUUGCAAAAAAUUAUAUUGUAAAAAUUAAGAAUUUUAUAUCGUUUAUAAAAACAUUCGUUACCUGACGCGUAAAGUGUUAUUUAUAUUAUUUAUUUACACAAGUCGCGUCGCUUUAUUUCUUAUUUUGCUUUGUUUUCUUUUUUAUUCCGUUUGUGUCUAAAGAAACAUUUUUUCUGCUCUGUGAAAAAUCGAAGUUUGUUUCGCGUCUGCUUCAAAAACAUAAAAUAUUUCAAAUAGCAGCAUAUUAUGAAUCUUAUAACCACAUCUAAGUGAAUACAAAAUCAAUAAAAUAUAUAGAAAUAAUAAAAAAAAAACUAAAAAAAAGUUAUAAACCAAAUUGGAAGUGGGCGUUGUAAAACUCUGCAUAAUUUCAAUAUACAAAAGCUGUGAAUUUUUCAUCAUUCAGCUUAAAAACCACAAAGUUAAAAUCUAUAAAAAAAAACAAGAAAAACGAUAUAAAUACUAGAUACGGAAAAAAUAAGCUUAUAUUGGAAAAUAUAACUUUUUGUGAAAUCAAGAGGAAUUGAGGCAAACUAAAGUUUAGACGAAAGAUAACCAUGGCCGAAGACACUGAAUAUAAGAAAUUGCCGGUUGAUGAAAGAUGUGUUCAUAAGCUUUGGAAGGCUCGUGUAGAUGGAUAUGAAGAAGCAGCAAAAAUCUUUCGCGAGAUUGAUGAUGAGAAAUCUCCGGAAUGGAUGAAAUUUUUGGGCCUGAUCAAGAAGAUGGUGGUAGAUUCAAAUGCCAUGGCUCAAGAAAAAGGCCUUGAGGCUGCGUUGAUUUUUGUUGAAAACUGUGGUCAUGCUGGUAAAACGGUAGGGGAUGUUAUGUCAGGUAUAGUGCAAAAAUGCAUUGCGGCCCCGAAAACUAAAACCAAAGAACUUUCGGUUCAAGUAACACUCAUGUACGUUGAAAUUGAAAAGCACGAAGCAGUUGUAGAGGAGCUAAUAAAAGGUAUGGAACACAAAAAUCCUAAAAUUGUAGCUGCAUGUGUGGCUGCAACUACACUGGCACUGAAGGAGUUUGGCAGUAAAGUCAUUAGCGUAAAGCCGCUUAUAAAAAAACUGGCGCCCCUAAUGAGUGAGCGAGAUAAGGCCGUGCGAGACGAAGGGAAACAGUUGGCAGUUGAACUUUACAGAUGGAUUGGCCCAGCUAUGAAACAACAGCUUUCUUCACUCCCUCAAGUAACUGUCAAAGAACUCGAAGAUGAAUUUGAUAAGCUGAAGGGAGAAAAGGCCGAACCAUCUCGUUACUUAAAAUCACAACAAGAAAAACAGCAGCAAAUGUCCGCAGCAGCUGCUGAGAAUGAAGAUGGUGGAAAUGAUGACUAUGUUGAUGCUGGUGGGGAAGAAAUUGAUCCUAUAGAUCUUCUUGAUCCUGUAGAUAUUCUUUCGAAAAUGCCGAAAGACUUUUACGAUAAACUUGAAGAGAAAAAGUGGACUUUACGAAAGGAAUCUUUGGAAGCUUUAGAAAAACUCUUAACAGAGAAUCCAAAACUCGAAAGUGGCGACUAUGGACCAGUGGUAACUGCACUAAAGAAAGUAAUUACAAAGGACACCAAUGUUGUAUUGGUUGGCAUGGCGGUUAAAUGCCUUGCAAUGUUGGCUAAAGGUUUGGGGAAACGUUUUUCUCCAUAUGCCAUGGCAUGUGUACCGUCAUUGUUGGAGAAGUUUAAGGAAAAGAAGACGAAUGUCGUCUCAGCAUUACGAGAAGCUAUGGAUGCAAUUUAUCCAUCUACAAAUUUGGAUGCGAUGCAUGAACAAAUUGUUGAGUCCUUGGGUAAUAAAAAUCCUAGUGUAAAGUCAGAGACAGCUUCAUUUCUAGCUAGAGCUUUUGCGCGUACUCAACCUGCUUCUAUAAAUAAAAAACUGUUGAAACUCUUAGUGACUACUCUAAUUAAAACUUUGAACGAACCAGAUCCCACAGUUAGAGAUUGUUCGGCCGACGCAAUAGGUACCCUUAUGAAAUUAAUGGGAGAAAAACAAGUAGGACCAUUUCUGGCUGACGUAGACGCUUUGAAGAUGGCAAAAAUCAAGGAGUGUCAAGAGAAGGCUGAAAUAAAGGUUAAAAUUGCGGGAGUUAAAAAGGAGAGACCUGUUACAGCACCUAAUAGUAAACCAGCAGCUUCUGCACCACCAAAGGCUGGUUCUAGUGAGCCAAAACCAGUAUCUCGUCCAGCUACAGCAGGUGUUAAAAAAGUUGCUGUAAAAAAGGCGGCACCAGCUACUGGUGGUGGUAGCGCUGCAGCUCCACUAUCAAAGAGUGCUAGUGCAACUAAAGUCUUAGCCACUGAGCGAGAAAUGUCACCCGAAGAAGUACAGGGAAAAGCGGAUGAGAUAAUUGAUCCGACUAUACUCGCUGGCUUGGGAGAUUCAAAUUGGAAGAACCGUUUGGCUGCUGUCGAAAGUUUUCAGCAACAAAUUGCAGACUUUGACACCAAAAUGCCGGGCAUUUCGCAAGUCUUAGUUAAAACAGUUAGUGGUCGCAAGCCCGGCUUGAAGGAAAUGAACUUCCAAGUAUUAAAAAUCAAACUGGACAUUAUACGGACAGUUGCUGAAACGUACGCACUAUCUACAACAACCAUAGAUGUUGUUGUAAAUGAAAUAACGGAGAAACUCGCUGAUGUUAAAAAUGGAAGCACUGCCGGUGAUGUCUUGACGGCCUUUGCAGAAGCCACUAAAUUGGACUAUAUUGUGGGAAAGGUGUUCUCAUUUGCUUUUGAGCAGAAGUCUCCCAAAGUGCAAUCGGAAGCACUGAACUGGGUGAAUAGAUCGAUAUUGGAAUUCGGCUUUCAAAUUCAGCCAAAACUCCUGAUUGACGAUGUACGAAAAGCAGUACAAAGCACCAAUCCAUUAGUUCGGGUGGCCGCUAUAGGUUUAGUCGGAACAAUGUCCAUGUACAUGGGAAACGCUUUGAUGAUGUUCUUUGACAACGAAAAGCCAGCAUUGAAGUCUCAAAUACAAGCAGAGUUUGAUAAAAACAUCGGCGAAAAGCCUCCCAAGCCAACAAGAGGUGUUAAAAAAUCAUCUGGUUCAUCAAAAUCGACAGAUGGUGGCGGUGACGGUGAUGCCGAUGCAGCAGACGAUGCAGAUGAACCAGAGCCAGUGAACUUAGCUGAUAUGUUGCCAAGGGUUGACAUUUCUAGUCAAAUAACUGAGUCGUUGUUGAAGGAAAUGUCUGAUAAGGAUUGGAAAGCCAGAAAUGAAGGUCUUAACAAACUGCAAUCUAUUAUAAACGAAGCAAAGCUGAUAAAACCAACCAUUGGGGAUUUAGCGCCAGCUCUAGCAUUGCGAUUGUUAGAUUCAAAUGCAAAAAUUGCACAAACAACCAUGUCGAUUUGCGAACAAUUAGCAAAUGCAAUGGGACCAGGUUGUAAGAAUCACGUAAGGGUUUUAUUUCCUGGUUUCCUGCAUGCUUUAGGUGAUAGCAAAAGCUUUGUUAGGGCUGCGGCUUUAAAUUGCAUAAAUAGUUUUGGUGAAAAAGGGGGCUAUAAGGAAUUUUUUGAAAAUGAAAUGAUUGCCGAUGCACUGAAGUCAGGUUCGCCGUCUUUGAAAAUCGAACUUUGGGCAUGGCUGGCUGAAAGAUUACCACAAAUGCCACCUAAAAGCAUUUCAAAAGAGGAGUUAACAUCCAUGAUUCCCUUAUUGUAUGCCCACAUAUGCGAUCGUAAUGCCGAUGUACGCAAAAAUUCGAAUGAAGCUGUUUUAGGAAUCAUGAUUCACCUGGGUUUCGAGACUAUGGUAAAGGCUCUAGACAAACAGAAACCAGCUUCCAAGAAAGAUAUACAGGCAUCACUAGACAAAGCUCGUCCAAAUCUACCGGUUAAACCAUUACCAAAGGGAAAACAGCAGGCGCCUAUUUUAGAAGAACCUAAAAAGUCAGUAAGAGGCGGUGGAGCUGGUGGUGGUUCUGCUCUUCAAAAACCAGGUGCGAACAAAAGUACUGCUGGUGCUAGAGCUGCCAAUACAUCAUCAUCCCGUAAAAAAGAAGAAGAAGUAGAUACUUCCCCUUUGAUGGCUGUUAACAACACCAAGAAUCAAAGAUUAAUAGAUGAACAAAAAAUGCGAGUUCUAAAGUGGACUUUCACCACACCUAGAGAAGAAUUUAUUGAUUUACUCAGAGAGCAAAUGACCACAGCUAAUGUCAACAAGGGCCUAAUGGCCAAUAUGUUCCACGAUGAUUUUAGAUAUCACUUAAAAGUGAUAGAAUCAUUGAUGGAAGACUUGCCCCAAAAUCCCAAAUCUUUAAUAUGCAAUUUGGAUUUGAUUUUGAAAUGGCUUUCGUUGCGUUUCUAUGAUACUAACCCUUCAGUUUUAAUUAAGGGUUUAGAGUAUCUACAACAGGUGUUUCUGACUUUGGUCGAACAUGAGUACAUUUUAGCUGAGAAUGAAGGUAGUGCAUUUAUACCUCAUUUGCUAUUGAAGUUGGGCGACCCCAAAGAUACUGUACGCAAUGGCGUUCGCUCUCUGCUAAGGCAAAUUCUUUUAGUUUAUCCCUAUACCAAAGUCUUUGUUUAUGUCAUGGAAGGAUUAAAGUCUAAAAAUGCCAGACAACGAACCGAGUGUUUGGAUGAAUUGGGUUAUUUGAUUGAAAAUUACGGGCUUACUGUAUGCCAACCGUCCCAACAGGUGGCACUAAAAGAAAUUGCACGUCACAUUUCCGAUCGUGACAACAGCGUUCGAAAUGCUGCUCUUAAUUGCGUAGUACAAGCUUAUUUCCUGGCUGGAGAAAAGAUAUACAAACUUAUUGGUCAAUUGAACGAUAAAGAUCUGUCCAUGUUAGAUGAACGCAUCAAACGCGCCAAAAAGCCGCAAAGAAAACCAGCCGAAACCAAUAAUGUAAGCGUCAAAUCGUCGGGUCAGAUUCUACAGCAAGACAGCAUUGAAAUUGAUGAACCAUCUACGAAUGGAUGCGAUGAAUUGCCAUUGCCCGAAGAGCACGAUCAAAGUUCUGAAUAUGAAACAAACGAAGCUAAUAACUCCUGUAUGGCUGAUAAAGAUGUGCGCGCUACAUCGCUCAUAAGACAAGCAACAUUUGACCAGCCUUCAACAGCUCCUGUGAUCAGCAUUAUGCCACAACAUAUACAACCCCCAAAAACUACAGGGCCAUUUGGUUUGGAUCCAAACAAAAUAGCUGAAAUAGAAAAGGAUUGGGUACGCGUUGACCAAUUGGAACGCGUUGAAGUCCCAAGGGUUGAUAUUUCUCUACUCUUUGAACCCAUUAAAGUAAUUGCAACUAAAGAUGGAGUAAAAUAUCCUCAAGAAAAAUUCGAGCAGCUCCUCUCGCGAUCUCGUUAUAUGCAACAAACUCAUACAACUCCACCUCCGCCAUCGGCUGUUGGUGGAAUGGUUGGCAAUAAUGGAUCCCCAUAUCUAAGUCCCCAACAGCAACAGCAGCAAUUUAAUGCAGCUCUCUAUCAACAAACAAUGGGUAUCAAUUCGCCAAAGUAUGUAUCAAUUUUGGCCGAUGUUUUGCCUAAACAUGAUCCUCAUUUAAUAAAAAUAAUAAAGGCUACUAGCAGUACGGACACCCUAAAAGCUAGGGCGGCCAUUAAUGAGCUAAACGAAAUAAUUGAUUCUCCUGAGAAACAAGCCGUUCUAAAGGAUUAUGAAGAGAUUUUCAUUCAAAACGUGCUGGCACAGUUGAAGAAUCUCUCUCAAAUACCUAUUACUGAAUCGCUCGUAGUUUAUCAGCCAUUGUUAUCUAUUUUGUAUACGUUUUUCCACUCAAAAAUGUUGGGAAAAACUUUGAGCGCUGCCUGCAUUAAAAAUCUAAUGUCGGCUUUACUGCAUCUGUUGGCAGAUCAAAAACUAAAUACAGGCGAUGAUGGCCAAUAUAAUAAAGUAAUAAAUGGCAUUUGUUUAAAAGUGUUGGAUAAAUCAAAUUUCACCAACAUGAAUUGCGCUUUAAUACGUUUACUACGCGAAACAUGUCCCGAGGCUGGUCUACCGAAGUUUACAGACCUUUUAAUGAAAUGCAUAUGGCGCAAUGUCAAAACGUUGCCUGAACGAAGCAACGAACUGAACUAUGAUGCUGUAAUACUUGAAGUCCACGAAUUUAUGCUGGCUUUGCCAAGUUCUUGGUGGCAAACACGACCAUCGGACACACCUUUGAGAACAGUGAAAACCAUUAUACAUAACAUGGCAAAGGUUAAAGGAAAUGCCAUAUUGCAACAUCUAAAUCAGAUUCCCACACAUUCUGAACUUCAUGCGUAUUUGAUAAAAAUUUUAAAGAACUUACAAAAAGAGGGUAAUUUGCCGAGUUCAUCCCCUCAACGUUCGGCAUCUUCGAGAGAUCUGCAAUCUAAACAGCGUAUUUCCAAUCAGGCUCACGAAACCAUGUCCCAAAUAUUUAAAUUAAUUUCCGACAAAGAAACAAAGCAGCAAGGUCUGCAAAAUUUAUAUGACUUUAAGACAAAAAAUCCCGAAAUUGAUGUUUCGGCCUUCCUAAAAGGAGCUAGUCCCAGCUUCCAAAAGUACAUUGAAGAAGGUUUGGCUGAAAUACAGCGUUCAGUUUCAACUACAGGUGAUGUAAAUCCAGCACAGAUUCAGAAUUUAACACAAUUGAAUGAUAAUCGUUUGGUCGCACGAUCUUCGUACCUAACAGAUGCAAAUUAUCAGAAUCAACAUGCUUCCGCAAUUGCUGAAAAUGCUGGCGUUAAGCCAGACCCAGAUUUUUGGAUGGAUCGUUUAAAUCAACUAAGAGCCAAAGCAAACUUGGCUCCUCAUAGAAAUGCCGAUGGUAGCCACUUAACCAAUUCACAUUUAAUGAUGAUGGACAAUAAAGUCAUGGAUGAGAACCUCAGUUUAAAUUCAAUGAAUGCCCAAAAAGUGUCUUUAAUACGGAGAGAUAAACCAGAAAUGUCGCCAAAUCGUCUGCAACACAUACAAGCCAAGUUGGCCCAGAUAAAAAAGGAAAGUCAUACUUAGAUCUAUGAGCAUUUUACAUUUUACUUUUAUAGAAUCCCCGAAGAGUGUCUCAAUUCCGACACAGUAAAUCCUAUUUUUCAUAAAAAUCCUCUAAACCUUUGCUUCAUCUGUGUGACCCGAAUUUGUCCAUGCUAAGCUGCACCGACCCUAAACUACUUAUCACCCAUCUAUCCAUUCAUCCAAUAAGGUUUUGUGCGAGUAUGAACAAUGGAAUAUUAUUGUAAAGGAUUUUUGACUGAAGCAGUUGCGAUACACAUUUAAAUGCUUAAAAUUAAACUUUCCAAUAUACAAGAAAACAGGAAAAAUUAAAUAAACACCCAAUACGUAUAAAAAUAUGAUUGAUCUAUACUCAAAUGCAACAAGAAUACAAACCUAUUCUUAUUACUCAUGCGUUGGGUUUAGUAAUAUAAUUAACAGAACUAAUAUUUAAUACAUACAUACAUACAUAUUUAAAAAUACUAAUUUAAUAAAAGAAAGAAGAAGUACGAUUUUAAACCUAAUUGAACUUAUUAAUCUACACAGGAAAAGAUCAACAAAUAAAAUGAAACUUAAUGAAAAUUGUUUUCUUACUUAUUUAAACAACAAAGUUGUAGUUAAGAAAGACAUUUUAUUAUUUAUUAACCAUAUUUUCUUUACUUCAAUAAUACGUGUAUUGUGGGUACUGAAAAUUAGGAGCAUUAGAUUGGCUUUCUUUUUAAUAUAAUAAGUUCGUUAAUUAUUCUAAACCUUAAAUCUCAUUUCGCAUUGUUUGUUAACCGCAUACAUUUUUCAUAUUACAAGUUUUAAUGAAACAACUUAGUAUUAAGUAAAGAAAAUUUGUCUGUUGAUUUCUUUUUCAAUGCAGCCACUAUUUUUAAUUAUUUCUCUUUAUAGAGAUUAUAAGUACUUUAAUAUCACAUUGUUUUUUACUCGUCUCGUCUCUUCAUUUUAUUUUUAUUUCCUUUCAUCAUCCAUAGCAUUUGUUACCGUAUUUCGCUAUUUUUUUUUUUAUUAAGUUUUGUUCUUAUUGUAUUUCCAUUUUUUUCUUUAAUUAGCUUGUAGGAAUUCUUUAAUUUUUGUAGAUGUAAGUUAACAAUUUUAAUAAUUUUUUUAAAUUUUUUUUACUUAUGAACCAGUGUGAAUCUUUCAUUAUCUUUAACCUAAUAAAAAUUUCCUAAAAAUAUAAUCAAAUAAAACUUAUACACAAACCAAUAUUAAACUAAAAA